GAAAUUCUAUCAUUAGAAUUUUUAUCAUUGGUUGGUUGUAGUAUGACAGAAAGAGAAUUUGAGAUUCUUUUUAAUUGGUUAAGAGUUUGUAAUAAUUUAAAUCAUCUGAAUUUAUCAGACAAUAGCUUAAAUGAUAGCAGCAUGGAACAGUAUCGUUCACUUUUGGAAAAGAAGAAUCUAAAUAAAUUAAAAUGCCUGUCCUUAAAGAAAUGUAUGAUUACCAAAACUGGAAUGAACAGCCUAUCUAAAGCUCUUAGUUAUUUAAAUGAUCUUCGGAUUAUUCAACUAGAUAACAAUGAUUUUGGAAAUGAUACACUACGUAACCUAUACAAUGGAUUAAAGGGAUGUACUCAAUUGGAGGAAAUAUCGCUGAAAGGAUCCCAGUUGAUAUCAUUUGAUUUUCAACUAUACAAAUUAUUUGGAAAUUUAAAAAGAGUAUUUGCAUGUAAUAACUGUUUCAUUGAUUUAAGUUGGAUUGAUCCUGAAAGUUUUCCUAAUGAAUCAACGCAUUUUAGCAUGGCAAAUAUUCAAAUGAUAUUACCUAAAUCAGUAAUCAAUCAUAUUCUUCCAAAAACUUUAAUUCAUUUGAAUAUUUCUGGAUCAGACUUGGAUAGAUGGGAAUCUGGGAUUUUAGAAGUUAUUUCAGAAUUAACAAAUUUAGAGUAUCUGAAAUUGAAGAAAUGCAAUCUGAACAAAAAUUCCAUUGAAACUGUCAAAAAUACUUUUGUAAGGCUAGAAAAAUUAAAAAGUCUAGAUUUUAGUAAUAAUAAUCUUGGAAAUGAAUCAUUUUUGAAUUCAAUAUUAACAGUUUUAAAUGAAAAAAAACACUUUUCAGAAUUGUUUGUCAAUGGCUGCUGUAUACUUGAUAUCAAUUUUGGUGAUGAUUCCCCAAUAAAAUUAUCAACAUUUGAUUUAUCUAAUAACAAACUUUCAGAAACAACUGUAAGAAAUCUUGCAAACUUUUGGCUUGAGAUGAACAAAUUAGAAAAGAAAGUUGAAUUUUAUAUGAGUAAUUGCGUGAAUCAUUGGAAUGGAUUACUACAAUCAUGUCAACUAACAAAUUUACUGGAAAUAAAGAAUUUAGCAGUACUAGAUAUCUCUUCAAAUGGUAUUGGAAAAACAAAUAUGGAGGAAAUUUUAAGGAAAUGUUAUUUAAAUUUAACAAAUUUAACAGAAAUAUACAUCUAUAAUAAUAAGUUAGAAGGGAAUAUCCUUUUUAAAAUGAUAGAGUAUAUCUUAAAUAUGAAAAAAUUACAAGUUUUAAAUAGUUCAAAACAUUCAAAACACUAUAAUUUUAAAAUGGGUGAAGAUUAUUUUAAAUUCAGUUUUCUUGAAUUUAUUGAUGAUAUUGAUAAAGAUAUUUUUAAUUUAUACAGACUUUUUGAAAUAAGUAUGGUUAUAAAGAAUUCUGUUACCAGUAAUAUCCUUACAAUCACUGAAAAUAGGACACCAUCCAAAUAUUUAAAAUACUAUUUAAAUAUUCUUAUCUUUGGAAAAUUUCAAUUUUCAGCUUUAAAUAUUUCUCAAAUUGUUUUGGAUGAACAACAUUUACAACUUUUUUCUCAGAUAUCAUUUCUCAAUAAUAUGCUAAAUUCAUUAUCUAUUAAUGAGGUCACUAUUCGUUAUACAUCUCAAAAUAGAUUGAAUUUUGGUAAAAAUCUUAAAAAUUUAACAUUAAUUAGAUUGUUAAAUAUUGAAUUUGUUCCGAGUGAAAAUGAGCAACAUUUUUGGGAUCAAAUACUUCAGAAUUUCACUUGGAAUACUAAUAAUUGUCCUGGAUUGAAUACAUUGGUAAUAUCUUUUGGUGAAUGUAAUGUAUCACAUCACCUAUCAAAUAUAAUUAAAAUCAAUAGAGUAAGUUUAACAGCUAUCUGUAUUGAAAAUUCAACAAUUGGAUGUCGUAUUUUAAGAACAAUACGUAAAAAUUGUAAAAAUCUUCUUGAAUUAUCAUUAUGGCACAGUAAAAUAAAUUUGAUUAGAGGUAGUGAUCAGACACUACUCACUAACAUUUUUUCUUUUAAUCAACAAUUGAAAUAUAUUGAAUUGGGUCAUUGCACAAAUAUUCCUCACUUCAAUGAUACAUUACAACAAAUUGAAAAAUUGGAGAAAUUGGAGAAGUUAGGUGUAAGAAAACAAAAAUUUUCAAUAGAAAGAUUAUUAAAUAUUAUAAGAGUUGAAUGCCAACAACUAUAUAUGUUAGAUAUAGCAAAAUGUGAAUUAGGUGACAAGUCUAUUAAUAAAUUUAUGAGAAGAAUUGAAGAGAAAAAUUUAUUUCAAAUGCGUCAAUUAACUUUAAGGAAAAACAAUCUAAAAAGGGAUGGAUUUGAUUCAGAUCUACUUUGUAAAGUACUCAAGAGAUUAUGUUCUUUGGUAAUCUUUUCAAUCACUGAAAAUGAAAUUGGUGAUGAACAUUGUUUAAAAAUUCUUGAAACUUUACCAAUUACGUGUAAAAAUCUUCGAAUGUUGUAUAUGAGCGAUUGUAAAUUAUCAUUAAAAAAUGACACUAAACUCGUAAACUGUAUUAAAAAGUUGCAACAUUUACAAGUGGCAGUUUUAAACGAAAAUAAGUAUGAACAGACAUUUUGUCUUGUGUUAGAAUCAUUUAAUGGAAAAUUAUCACUAACAACUCUUAAAUUGGGUAGUGUUACAUUUUCUGAUGGUGAUUGGGAGUAUCUUCAAUUAAAGGAAAAUCAUCCUUCUCCUCCAACAAGACAAUCUGUUAAAAUUAUUUUAGAAUCUUUUGAAAAAUCAUUCGAUCGAAUUUUCAAUUUAACUCACUUAGAUUUAUCUAAAAAUCAAUUUGGAGAUAUUAUUGGUAAAAUACUAUUUCAACAAUUAUCUAAGAAUACUAAACUUUUACAAAUUCUUGAAUUCAAUGAUUGCCAAUUUACAAGUCUAAGUAUUCAAUACUUUAUCAAUCUUUUGAAAUGUUUAAAAGAGCUUAAAACAUUAUCUAUAUCUAAAAAUUCAUAUGGAAACUGUGGACAUGAAAUUUUAUCAACUUUACAUGCAUUUUGUAAAAAUAUUACUAAUAUUUCAAUGGAUAAUUGCAAUUUGGAAAAAUCAAUUUGUUAUGGAAUCAUUGAAUUUUCGGAAUUACCAAAUAAACUUAAACUUGUAUCCUUAAAAGAUAAUCCCAAUUUGAUUAAUUUUAUUCCUUACCUUGCUAAUAUUCAGUUUACAAUAAAAUAUGAUAACAAUGAUGGUUAGUGAAGGAAAUGUCUGUCUUCCUGUAUAGAUAUGUGUAAAAUGAUGAUGAAUAUCUUUACUUUGUUGUGUUAUUAACUUGAAGGGGUUUUCCUUUUAAUAUAAAAUCAG